GCUGCUCGAAUCGGUAAUAUUAUCAAGAUGGCGGCGGUUGAUUUAAGAGACAACCUUUUAGGAAUAUCCUGGGUUGACAGUGGAUGGGUACCUAUCUUAAAUCCGGGAAAUGUGCUCGACUACUUUUCUGAGAGAAGUAACCCCUUCUACGAUCGUACGUGCAACAACGAGAUGGUCAAGAUGCAACGUCUCAGUCUAGAUCAUCUGAAUCAGAUGGUGGGUGUGGAAUAUAUUCUACUUCAUGCUCAAGAACCAAUUCUCUACAUAAUUAGGAAACAGCAGAGGCAAUCUCCAACACAAGUCACCCCCUUGUCUGAUUAUUACAUCAUUGCGGGUGUAGUCUACCAAGCUCCAGAUUUGGGCUCUGUAAUUGGUUCCAGAGUGUUAUCUGCUGUCCAUGGAAUCCAGUCUGCCUUCGAUGAGGCAAUGUCUUACUGUCGUUACCACCCUUCCAAAGGGUACUGGUGGCACUUCAAAGACCAGGAAGAAAGAGAAAAGGCAAAGCCAAAAUCCAAAAAGAAAGAGGAGCCAAGCUCUCUGUUUCAGAGACAGAGGGUUGACGCGUUGCUUGUGGAUCUCAGGCAGAAGUUUCCCCCAGCCUUCUAUCAGCCAAAACCUGGAGAAAAGCCUAUUCCAGUGGAAGUAAAGAAGGAGCCAGAGACUUCAACUGAGGCAAUACGGCAGGAGGAAAGAGAGCCAGCAGCCAAGACUCCUGCCCCCACACCCCCCAGCAAAGCUCCACCAGAGAAACGGCCACGGUUGCAGUAGUACAAUAAAAAUAUUUAGGCCAUGUGUACUGCACACUACAUACAAGAAAAAGACUUUGUUUUGUUUAUCGUAUACAGUGUCAGUGCUGAAUCACCAUUCUUCACAAGCCAGGCAAGGACAAAUGCAGUAGUUAUACAUGAACCUUCCAGCGACUGACUCACUUCUAUGACACUCUUCAUUCUAAUUACAUUUCUUUCUUUCUUUUUUUUUGUGGCAUACACACACAAUAGUUGACCCGUUUGUUCCAAAAAUGGUUGCAUUGCAGGUUGUUUGGAAAACUACAUUUGUAGACUGGACAGGGCAACUGAGAGAUGUCUUAAACGUGAGAGAUUGUGAGAGAAAUGUUUGUUUAAAGCUGUAAGAUUGUCUGCCUAAAUAAGAGUUAUGUAUAAUUCUCAACCUAUAAGUACUUUUGGGACUGGUGAUAAUUUCCAAAAUAACCCAAAACCACAUUGUAAUUUUAUAAUAAUGUGCAUCAUCUCAGAAUUUCUUAAAGCUGAAUCAGUAUGCGUUGAGUAAAAGUCAACUCUUCAAAAAGUGUUAAUUUUGUAAACAUGCAUAUUUUAUGUAUUUGUAUAUUAUAUUUUAUGAAUAACUCGAACAGAAGUAUUUGACUAGUAUGUACUUGUGAUCUGCAUUAAUUUAGACAUAAUUUAUUCGUCGAUUAGGUGUAUAAUAGUUAUAACAAAUAUGUCGAUGAGACCAAUGCAAGGAUUUUUUUUCCAAGAUUACUUUUGUAUGCCCAACAAGUUUUAUAUUAAACGCGAUUCUCAGCG